GCGGAGCAUGUCGGAGGAGAUCCCCGUGCUCGACCUCUGCGCCCUCUACUCCUGCUACCGGGGCCACGGGAAGACUAUCGACCGCUCCGACUGGUUCCUCGACUUCAGGAAGGAAGCCCUCAAGCACAAGACACGCAUCCCCCCCGCCGCCAAAGCCACGGCGCCCUCCAAGGGAGGGAAAAACAAGAAGCAGUCCUUCCGCCCACGAGAAAUUCCAGGCGAGCUUGGGGCGUACUCUGGCGUUUCGCAUGUCUUUGUGCAAGCAGCGCCAGGCGGCGCUGGGGGGGCGGGGGUGCAAACUUCUUCCGCGGCCGGCGGCGGUGUCCCAGACGAGGAGGGCGCUAUCGACCCAACCGGCGGGGCCGAGCUGCUGGCGCGCUUCGAACACGCCUCCGACCAGCUUGCGUCGAUGGGCUACGUGAGGCCGCUCAAGCGGAGGAAGAGGCCGGAGGCGGAGGGCGCGGGUAAGGGUCAGGCUCCGGGCCCGAAGGGUAGCGUGACGAGGCUUGUCUUCUCCUACACCAUGGAGGACGGCGCGCUGUAGACACAGUCGAGGGACCUCUU